AUGAAUGACAUUGCACAGAAAACUGAGAUUCUGCUUUCUUCAUCUAAACCCGUCCAAAAAUCCUAUGUGCCCAAGCUUCACAAGGGGGAUGUAAAGGAUAAAUUUGAAGCUAUGCAGAAAGCAAGGGAAGAAAGAAAUCAAAGGAGAUCUAGAGAUGAAAAGCAAAGAAGAAAAGAACAAUAUGUUAGAGAGAGAGAAUGGAACAGGAGAAAGCAGGAGAUGAAAGAACUGCUUGGAUCAGAUGAAGACGAUGAUGCAAAAUCAUCUAAAAUAGAAAAAGGUUAUGUUCCAAAGCUAAUAGGAACCGUUAAAGGCAAGUUUGCAGAAAUGGAGAAACAAAGGCAAGAAGAAGAAAGAAAAAGAAUGGAGGAAGAACGAAAGCGCAGAAUUGAACAAGAUAUGAUUGAGAAAAGGAAAAUUCAAAGAGAAUUAGCCAAGAAAGCACAGGAGAUUGAUGACUUUAACAAUACGGGAACUGAAUCAGCAGCAGAGGAAGGGGAUGAUUCACUGCUAGUUACAGUAGUGCCUGUAAAACCCACCAAAACACCUGGGAAGAUGAAAAUAAACUUUGAGAACACAGGAAAGGAGAGAGCAGAACAGAGGGAGAGACAGGAUGAAGAAAUGAAGCUAAAAUAUGAGAAACAAAACCAAUUCCUUAAGGAAACCAAGUGCCUUUCAUUUGUCACGGGUGAAAAUGAAGACAAUGAAACACAAGAGCCUCUGUCUACUGGUAAGCUGAAAGUAACAUUUGAAGAACUUGAAAGACAAAGACAGGAAAAUCAAAGGCGGCAAGCAGAGGAAGAAGCAAGACAGCGCUUAGAAGAGGAAAAACGUGCCUUUGAAGAAGCUAGACAGAGAAUGGUAAACGAAGGUGGCGAUGAAGAAUCUGAAAAUUCUAUUAAAGAAUUCCGUCCUGGUAAACUGAGACUCAGUUUUGAGGAGAUAGAAAGACAGAGGAGAGAAGAGGAAAAGAGGAAAGCAGAAGAAGAUGCAAGACGACGCAUAGAAGAGGAGAAAAGAGCAUUUGCUGAAGCAAGGAAGAACAUGGUGCUGGAUGAUGAAUCACCAGAAAUGUUUAAAACAGUUUCUCAAGAAUCUCUCGUACCUGGUAAACUGGAAAUUAAUUUUGAGGAGUUGCUGAGACAAAAAAUGGAAGAAGAAAAGAGACGCACUGAAGAAGAGCGUAGGCAAAAGUUGGAAAUGGAAAAGCAAGAAUUUCAACAGUUGAGACAAGAAAUGGGAGAGCUAGAAGAAGAGUCUGAAACAUUUGGGCUAAGCAAAGAAUAUGAAGAAUUAAUAAAGCUAAAAAGAAGUGGUUCUAUUCAGGCAAAGAACUUAAAAAGCAAGUUUGAAAAGAUAGGACAAUUGUCACAAGAAGAAAUACAGAGGAAGAUUGAAGAAGAGCGAGCCAGAAGAAGAGCAAUGGAUGAAGAAAUAAGAGAAAGGGAAGCUGAGAAAUUUCAAGAGGAUGAUGAGGUAGAUGUGAGACCAGCCAAGAAAUCUGAGGCUCCGUUUACUCAUAAAGUAAACAUGAAGGCCCGUUUUGAGCAAAUGGCAAGAGCCAGGGAAGAAGAAGAACAGAGAAGAAUUGAAGAACAGAAAUUACUACGUAUGCAGUUCGAGCAAAAAGAAAUUGAUGCGGCAUUACAGAAGAAAAGGGAAGAGGAAGAAGAGGAGGAGGGGAGCAUUGUUAAUGGUUCUACUUGUGAAGAUGAGGAGGAUCAAGCUCGAUCUGGAGCUCCCUGGUUCAAGAAGUCACUGAAAAACACAUCAGUUGUUGAUGGCGAGCCAGUGAGAUUUACAGUUAAAAUCACUGGAGAACCAAAACCUGAAGUUACAUGGUGGUUUGAGGGGGAAAUGUUGCAGGACUCUGAGGACUAUCAAUAUAUUGAAAGAGGAGAAACCUAUUGCCUUUACUUGCCAGAAACCUUCCCAGAAGAUGAAGGGGAAUAUAUGUGUAAAGCAGUCAACAACAGAGGCACAUCUGCUAGCACCUGUAUUCUCACCAUUGAAAGUAAGAGUUAACAUUUUAAUUCGCUCAAUUCUCAAAUAGUCUUCUUGCAUCUUUCCUAUUACGCAAACCUAAUUAUCUGUUUCUCUUAACCAUUUUAUUUUCUAGCUGAUGACUACUAAUGCUCUACUUUAGCUGGAAUCUUUCUUCCCCUCAAAACUUUUCUUACUGCAUCAUCUCUUUCUCUGAUGGGGCCAACUAAAGCAAGCAAGGGUAUGCAUUGAUUUGUCAUUCCUGCAUCAGAUAAGAAUAAUCUUCAAAUUGUGAGUGUCUAGGUUCCUUGCUCAAUACAAAAAUUAGCAUGAAAGGCUAAAAAAGAAGGAAUCAAUUUAUGAAAGAUCAACUAAAGGAAAAAGCUGAAUUAUAAUAGUGCUCGCACAUUUGAAGACCAACUGUUGUGUAAUAGUAUAAAGCUAAAGACACAAUCUGGAAACUUGUGUAGGAGUGUAAAUCUAUUGCUGUAUUUUGCAUGAACACAAUAUUUAAGCUGUUUUACUUUAUCUCAGAGACACUGAACUGGCAAAAAGGAAAUACUUACUGAUAAUUUUCAAAAACCCCAGUGUACUAUUUUUAAAGAAUAAAAGAUUAC